AUGAUGGCAUGCUGCUGCCUGUCAGCAGAAGACAGAGAGAAUAAAAGAAUAAACGAGGAGAUCGAGAGACGGCUCCGCCAGGACAAGAAGGACUCGCGCAGGGAACUCAAACUUCUGCUCCUGGGUACGGGAGAGAGCGGGAAGAGCACCUUCAUCAAGCAGAUGCGCAUCAUCCAUGGCGCCGGUUACACGGAGGAAGACAAGCGCGGCUUCAUCAGGCUGGUUUUCCAGAACAUUUUCACCGCCAUGCAGUCCAUGAUCCGCGCCAUGGAGGCCCUCAAUAUCGCCUACACAGACAGCCAGAACAGUAGCAACGCUGCCCUGAUUCUGGAGGUGGAGGUGGACAUGUUGGACACGAUGGAGCCCCCGCAGGCCGACGCGAUCCGGGCCCUGUGGGCCGACCCAGGAAUGCAGGAGUGCUACGAUCGCAGGAGAGAGUACCAGCUGUCCGACUCCGCCAAAUACUACCUGACGGACCUGGACCGAAUCGCAGACCCCGCGUACGUGCCCACCCAGCAGGACAUCCUGCGUGUCAGAGUGCCCACCACGGGUAUCAUCGAGUACCCCUUCGACCUGGAGAGCGUCAUCUUCAGGAUGGUGGACGUUGGGGGUCAGAGGUCAGAGAGGAGGAAAUGGAUCCACUGCUUCGAGAACGUGACCUCCAUAAUCUUCCUUGUGGCGCUGAGUGAAUACGAUCAGGUCUUAGUGGAGUGCGACAACGAGAAUCGCAUGGAGGAGAGCAAGGCUCUGUUCAAGACCAUCAUCACAUACCCCUGGUUUCAGUCAUCCUCCGUCAUCCUCUUCCUCAACAAGACCGACAUCCUGGAAGAGAAGAUUUUGCACUCUGACCUCGCCACCUAUUUCCCAGAGUAUACAGGCCCGCCGAAGGAGACACAGCCGGCCCAGGAGUUCAUCCUGAAGAUGUACCAGGACCAGAACCCCGACAAGGAGAAGACGCUGUACUCCCACUUCACCUGCGCCACGGACACCGAGAACAUCCGCUUCGUCUUCGUCGCCGUCAAGGACACCAUCCUCAGACACAACCUCAAGGAGUUCAACCUGGUGUAGGUGCGCGGCGUGGCGCAGGUGUGUGUGGUCUCAGGUGACAAAGGGGCUAUUAGGUGUAGCAGAGAUCUAGUGUCAGAGGGUGUCAGCUGUAGUACAGGUGAAGGGGGAGAGGUUGUCAGGGGUAGGACAGAUUUACCCUAACUUGCACUCAAUUUCAACAUCAGCAGUUUCGGCUCAGGUUUACAUUUCUCAUUUUUCUUGUCGGAGUAGAAUUUUACUUCCUAAAACUUAAUUCCUCUGAGAUAAAAAAGAAAGCUGCAAAUGGAGGGACAGUCGACAGCUUUGUGGACAGAAGUACUGAACUGGAGGAAUUUGCAUAGUGCCAGGUUUCCAGAACCUUUUUUCCAAUCAUCAAAAACUCAGGAAUUGGGCCAAGCUCCACUUUCUUGAACUUUUUUUAGACAAAGAGAUUUAGACACGGAAUUAGUUUAUGACACUGAUAAGAAAAGUAAACUAUGUUUUUAUUUAUUGCUAUAAUUACACUGUUAAAGUAGGACUUUUUCAAAUGUGUGUAAAUUAAAAAAGAAAGUGGCUCUCAUUCAGUAACCUGCACUAAAGAACAGAAGCAAAAUCUGACCUUUCACCCAAUCAGAGGACCAAAUAAUAAUUAAAAAUACAUUGAAAUGAUGAAAAUAUUUGCGUGUGUGCGUAUAUAUAUAAAUAUAUAUACACACAUACACUUAUAAACACACAGAUUC